AUGUCAGCAGCAGAGGGCGCGCGGUCGCUGCAUGUGCUGGAUGGCAACCAGGUCCGCGUCGCGCUCAUGCCCGUUGGCAGAAUCUCUCCUGAGCGCUUCGAGAGGUACGCGAGGGUCCUGACUGACGUGAGGAGCAUCGAUGUGCGGGUGGUUGACCGGACGGAGGUCUCGUCAGCCUCGUCGCACGCGUUCCCCUUCAGCGAGGGCCUCGCAGACUACGGGCAGCUCCGGAUCCUGUUCGUGGACGUGGGCUACUCCAACAGCCCCUGGGACUCGCUGCAAGCCAGCAGGCAGGUGCUGGCAGUCGUCGGGAUCUGCUACUGUCCCGAGGCAGACGACUUCCUGUCAGCAUGGGAGUCGUUCCUCCAUGACGUGCAGAGCAGCCACGUCUGGCGGGGAGCCAUCAGCGUCCACUGCAUCGCCAUCGAGCCCGGGGAACACCGUGAGAUCCUAGCUGGAGGGCUGGUGGGGAAGACGCUGCACUUUGUCAACGACGAGGAGUUCGAUGGUGAAGGCAAGGAGAGGGAGGUACCGCAAGGCAUCAUGGAGGUAUUGCGCACGGUAGGAUCCGAGCUGCUGCACGGGCUGGAGCAGCGAGUGGUGUCAGCAGAAGCCCAGCUGCCGUGGCUCAUCACCCCAAACGAUGGAGGGGAUGCUCGGGAUAAGAAGGUGAUGCAGAAGAGGGGGCCGGGACGAGUCUGCAAGCGGCAAGCGGACCUGAGCUUCCUGGCGGGCUGCAACAGAGACGCGGCGAUCCGAUACUUUCAUGCCAUCGAGCUUUCCAGGAGCAGGGGGGACCUACUGGGGCAGGCAGCAGCGCUGGAAGGCUUCGCAGGCUUGAGCACUUCCUUUCCCUCCAUGCAUGGCCGGCCGCGGCAUGGGAGCCUGUUCAACGGCAGCGACCCAAAGGCUGUGCCGAGCGUCGGCGUGUCCUCGGUGUCCAGCGGGAACCUGGGGAGAAUGUCGGGCACGGAUAGGGAGAGAGAAGAUGGGGGGGAUGAGGUAGGUGACAUGCUGCUGGAGGCAGCGUCCCUGUACGAGAAGAGGAGGGCAUACUAUCUGCAGUGCCAGGCGCUGCUCCGCUUUGCUCACUACGUCGCGUGCGGGAGGACUUUGGACGGGCUCGACUCCGACUCCUUCAGCGAACUUGACGAGGCCCCCGAGGCAACGUGCCCUCGAGUUCUACCUUGGGGAGGCCGAAGUGAAGUUUUUGCGAUCGCGGUCCUCGGUUGCAUGGCGCUGCUUGCAUUCGACAUGCAGUGCUACCGCAAGUUCUCCUACUUCGUCUGGAAGAUUUCUCACUGCCAUUCGGCGAGCAACUCCUGGCACCUCGCCCUCGACUCCCUACUCAUCGCUGCUCCCUUCUGCGUCGUGCUGGGUGCCGUUUGUCGCGGGGUGCAGCUGCAGGUGGCGCCGAUGGUAGUAGUGGCUGAGGAGGAGGAGGGGAAGAGGGAGGGAGAGGGAUCGGCGAGCAGAGGAGAGGAGGAGGAGGAGCAGCUCGUCGAGUGCUGCAUCGACGCCCUCAAGUUUCGCGUCUGGAAUGUCGUGACGCAGGUGCCGCUGCUGUCUGAGCGAAGCGAAAGAGGCAGAAAGACGCCUGAAGCUGGGAUCGCGUUUGCCGUCAUCCAGCAACUUCCACAGCUCCACAUCUCCGGCCCUGACCUGUCAGGGGUCGCGCUAGCAGGCGAAGUAACCACGGGCGUCCUCUUCCUCGAGAACGUCGGGGGGGCACCCGUGGAAGUAUUGGAGGUGAACACAAAGGGGCUGCGAGUGAACGAGGAGGCGCUGAAAGCCUCGCUGCCGCUGAAUCGAGGGAAGGCAGUAAGAAUCGACUACUGGGCUUCCGCUGAGGCCCCUGGGAGAGGAGGACGACGCUCGUCGAACGCGUUCUCGAGGCUGGAGGAGGAAGGCAACGCCGGAGGAGAGGAGCAGGAGGUAGAGGUCCAGAUUCUGUACGCACGGAAGAGAGAGCGAAGCUUCUGGAGGAGGCUGGUAUGGAAGACUACGAGGGCAGUCGAGCCUUCCGUUGAAAUUUCCAACGCUCGGAUUCGCGAAUGUUGGGCAGCUGACGCGCAUCUGGAGGAGAAGACGAUGAUAAUGGAGGCUUGCUCGAGAGCCGACGAACCUCUUGACGAGCAUCACAAGCUGAGCGAUGUCAUUCCCCGGUUUGUCGCUUCAAGCAUCAACCUGCCACCCCCUGCCUUCACGACCUGCCUCGUCGAGGCGAGUCUCGAGCAGCAAGGCUGUCAAGCAGCUCUGCUGAAGCUGGACGUCGUCAACCACUCCAACCUACUCCUGUCCCUCCUCGUCACCGUCCUGCCUCAGCUGUGCGUCUCCUUCGGCGGAGACGCGGACGGCGCAAGCAGCAAGACGUUCUCCCUGCUCCCGCGCUCGGUCAAAAGAGUCGCGCUGCUCAUCAAGAAGUUCGAGACUCCAGCUGAGGAGGCGGGCAAGGACGACGUCCCGCCAUUGGGGCAGCGGGUUCGAAGGCCCGCGAACUUGAGCCGAGGUGCGGUGACGGGCAGCAGGAUGAGGGACGUUCUAUUCUCCCACCUGAGAAUCAGCUGGAGCUCGUCGGGGUCUCGUCACGGACUUGUCAACCUGCUCGGCAUGCAGCUGGAGGCUGCCGACGUCAGUUGCUUGAGACCCGCCAAGGUCUGGUUCCAUGCCUCCUUCGCGUCUGAGACCGCUGCUUCCUCUGGCGUUGCUGCUCCUGAACGGGAGACGGCGUUCAGUUUGAUUGAGAUCCGUCGCGGAGGAUGGAGCGACUCCUCGUCCCUCGCCCGUCUCCAUGACCCUCCUGAUGGUGUCCUCGUCGCCGGAGCACUCUCCUGUACAUUGAAGGCGAACGGGGACACAAGUCCAGCUGCUGUCCACCAGCUGGGAAUCUGUUUCCUCGAGGCGGGCUCGUACACUCUCUUGGCCUCCUGCUAUGACAAGGAUGGGUCAGUCGUAGCCCAGCUGGGCCUCGCUCUUGGGAGCGAGCUGGGAGCUGUUAGAAGAGAGGAGCUGGAGGGUGAGACCGGGCAAGACCAGUCGGCUAUAAGGGUUGAGAGUCACUGGAGGGGCCUUGUUGAUGGAAGAGAAGCAGCAAUGACGAGCGGGGAGGGAGGAGGGAGUGAGAAGCUCGUCUCGCUCAUCAAAGCGCUCAAGGAAUGCGUGGAGAAGGAGCUCUUGAUGGGCGAGACCAUUCUGUCGCACGAGCUUGUGCUCAAGGACCAGGAGGAGAGCGUGAGGAGGCUGGAGCAGAGCUUUGCGGAUCAGAAGGACCGCAUGCGCCGGCUGUGUUCCUACCUGCACGAGAAGCAGACGCUGGCGGCUGACUGCCUGCAGGAGCAGCUGGAUGGCGUGCAGACCGUGGUGUACACGCGCCGAGGGGAGGAGGAGAAGCAUCUGAACAUGGAGAGCCAGGCAGGAGCAGCGCGACUCGUCCGUCUCGUCCUCCUCGUCCUCUGCCUUCUGUUUCUCUUCCUCGCCGUCGCUCAUGCCUGCAUGGAAGGGCUGUCAGUGGGGGACGCAGCUGCGGGGUUCCGUUACGAGGCGCUGCUGCUGUGGGGGGGGAGGGUGGUAGAGGGCGUCCUGACGCCCGUCCUCUUUGCUCAGCUUGCUGCCUCCUUCCUCCGCUCUCGCAAGAUCUGCCAUGCUGGCUGGGUCGCUGAGCUGGAGACGCUGGCGAGAUGGGCACGCUGCCUCCUCUUCUUCUGCGCCGCUGUCACCUGCCUGUCGAACCUCCAGGUCUGCAGCGUGCUGAGGAGGGAGGGGCUUCAUAGGAGGAUGAUGGUGGGCUACCGAGAGCUGGUGUGCGGAGGAGGAGGAUUCAUCGAUCCCUGGGGAGCGAUAGACACGUUCCUCACCAGCCUCCUCCUCCUCCUCCUCCUCUCCAUCCACUGGAGCUUCUCCUCCUCUUCCUCCUCUGUCCUCCUCUUCUUCGUUGUCGCCUCCUGUGCUCUACGAUGUGCAGCGACGGCCUCGAUGUGCAGCGACAGCGUGUGGACGGAGGGAACGAGGAGCCGGGUGGCGAACUGGCUCCUCGUGGGCAGUUACGUCGCGCACAUGGGCAUGUGUGUUUGCGUCCUCCUCCUUCAGGGUUCUCCGCAUUUCAGGCGUGCGGUCGAGAAGGAGGAGGAGGCGUCCUGCAUGAAGAAGCAGCUGGCAAGGAACGUCUAUCUCAAGGAGGCGGUGGAGGCCCAGGAUCCUCCGCUGAUAGCAAGGAGGAGGAGGUUUGAGCUCGAUCGCAUGCUCGAGAGCGACGAGCCCUCCCGCACCAGCAGGGGAGGAGCUGGGGCCGAGGACUCGUUGAGCCUGGUGUUAGCUGAACUGGGGAUGGACGAGGGAGGAGGAGGAGGAGGAGGAUGUGCGCGGGGAGUGAGGGAGAAGAUGAACGAGAAGAUGAAGGGAAGAAUGGAGGAUGUGGACGGGAACUCAGAGGAGGCGCAAGUGCCCCAGAUCAGACCCACAGGAGACGAGGCACGGGGUGAAGGAGGAGGAGGACGAGGAGGAGAUCGCAAGAACAGGUUCGAUCGCAUCCUCACUCGCGACGUCACAGCCGGAGGCCUCACGUCCGUCCGCUCCCUUCUCAGUCAGUCUGUCGACACCGUCCUCAACCUUGCAAUGGACCUUCACGAGCUCCGGUCCCAAGACUCUCCAACUGCCGCCCCUGCUGCUCCUUCUCAACCGGAAGGCACCAAGACCAAGGAGGAGGAGCGUGAAGAGGAGAAGGAGGGGGAGGAGCUACCUCCCCGCCCCUCCUCUCCCCAGCUCGUCUCCUCCAGCGUGCAAGAGGACACCCUGCUGUCUGAGCUGGACUCGGAGGACCGCAACGUCUCCUCCUCUCGAGAACUCAACCCCCAUCGCAUCCUCUUCUCCUCUCGCCGAGAUGGGCAGCGCCGACUUGAUCGUGUUGCUCCUCGUCCUCCCGAUCAGGACAGGCUGCUUCCUGGCAUAUCCCAGGAGGAAGAAGAGGACGAGGGAGGGGGAAGGGGAAGGAGGGGGGAGGAGGUGUUGUCGCCGGCAGGCAAGAUUCUUGUCCUCAAGCUGGGAGGAGGGAAGGAGGAGGCAGUGGGGCUGCAGGAGCAGAUGGAGGACGAGCUGGCGGCAUGUGCGGGGACGGCGGGGAAGGAGAUGAAGAUGAUGUACGAGGCUCCCCGGCUACCGGAGACCUGCUCCUUCCUUCGGCUCCACCAUCCUUCUUGGAGGGGGAGGGAGGAGGUUGAAGAGAUUAGGGCAGUUCUUGUCCGCUGCAUCAUGGAAGGAACUUUCCUGCGCGCUUGCUCACAAGUUCAGAUCAAGGCCGAGGAUGGUCAGUGGGUCACGCUCAAGCAUGAAUCUGCUCAUGUGCUGACGAUGGGAGGAGCUCUCGACUGGUCGCUCGAAACUCCCCACAAGGCAUCGGAGACUCCCCCAGCAGCAGAUCCCAAUGGAGGGGAAGGAGGAGGAGGAGCCAACAGAAGUUGCUGA